AAUAAACGAUUGUAAUUUGUUUGGAUUCAAAUACCUACCCUUUUAAUCCAAAUCCACCACCCACGUUGAAGUGGUGCGAAUAAUAAGAAACAUUCGAAUAAUGCUAAUAGUGAUUCGAACUGCUACGAUUGAUGAUUAAUUUAUACGCCUAUUUGUAACUGUGGUAAAUGUGGUACUUACUUGAGCCGCAUAAACAAGAAAUUGAUUGAAAAACUGCAAUAAUAACACUACCAGUGGCACGUUACAUUUUAUAACUCAGUGGAAAUGGCUAAAAAUGAUAAGAAAAAAACUCGAAAAUCAGGCUGUUCGUCUAGUAAAAAGCCAAAACGGGCUUCGAAAAUCGGAGCUGGUCCGAAAUCUGAUGGAAUUGAAAUGUCUCGGCAGUUAUUACGAAGUAUGCGAGAACCACGAUCUAGAGCAAAUCGGUCUUCAGGCAAAAAAAAAGCAGUGGAGCCUGUAUACGGUAAACAACAUAUGCCACCUCUCUCAGAAUUAGAGAAGAUGUUUGAGGAGAGUGAUGAUGAGUUGGCUGAAACUACUCCAGUAGAUAGUAAAGCACCAACACUAAAUGACGCAGUGGAUGUUAGUAGUUCUGAUGUUAUAAUCUCACCAACAUCAAUAUCGCCAACAAUUGUUAAGAAAUAUGCUGAUAAAAUACUGCAAAUUCUCAAUAGUAAUGAAGAACCUCCACCCAUUAUACCAGUGAAAAAAUUUAAGAAAUCUGGGGUGCCUUAUAUAGUGAACUGUACGGAACGACCCAAGGUGCUAGAAAAUAAAAAUUGCAACGUUUUUAAGGGUGAUGAUUAUGGUAUUACCAGUAAAACAAAUGCUUUUAACAUUGAAGAAAACUGCACUGAAAAAUCAGGAUUUAAUUGUAGUGUGUAUAGUUUAUCAAACUCAAUUUUUAAUACACAGGCAAACGAAAUUGCUUCAAAACUACUGUCAACUGACAACAAACUGAUUAAUGGUGGUUCUGAUAGCGACGACACAGUUGUGUAUGAACUAAAUUCUGCUGAAAGUAGAUUUUCACCUCAACCUAGCACUUCAAAAGAUAGUAAAACUAUCUUAAAAAAUGAGAAAAAAUUUAAUGAAAGCUUUGUAGCUUGGAACAAGAGUUUCGAUGAAGUUGAUCUGAGUAUGGAACAGAACAAAGUUGCUAGUGUGCAAGAUGGCUUAGUUAGCAUUGAUGUAGAGAUGAAUGAGCCUAUUGAUAGUGAAAAAGCAAAUAUUGACACAAAACUAUCUCUUAAAAGUGGUGUUUAUCAUGGUAUUAAUAAUAUUAUUGAACAGCCUUCUGAAACUAUUGAGAUUGAUGAUGAUGAUGAUGAUGAAAUAUAUACCAUAGAUGAUAAAAAUACAUAUAACAAAGAUGUAUGUACUGGUAAAACAUUCAAUAAAAUUCUGAAUAAUAACCCUGACAUAGAGAUUCAAACAGUAAAUGAAAUAUGUGAAAUUAUAGAUGCAACCAGUUUUAAAUCCAAUAAUAACGUUAAUAAGAAAUUUAAUGAAAGCAUCUACAUUAAUAAUUCCCCUAUAAUAGUUGUAGACGAUCCACAAGUCAUUGCUGAAAUUGAUUUAACAAAUAUAAAUGAUGUAAUUUCUGAAAACAAAUCUAUGAUUGAUAAAUAUAGCAAACAAAACCCAUUCAAUACAGUGAGCAUAGUAGAAGCUGAUGUUCCUAGUAUAAAUACUGUGGAAAAUACAAGUAUCCAUAAAAAUGUAUUAAAUAAGCAAUUCAGAAGUGAAGGUAACCAAAAAAAUGUAAUACCUAAUACAAAAAAAGAUAUUGCUAAUGAACUGCAACAAAUUAUGAAAAAGUUCUUCGAUAAUAUUGAAAAUAUUGUUAUUCCCCACAAUCAUGCUAUUAACAGUUUAUCCAGCUAUGAAAGAAUUCUUCCUCAAUGCAAUUUAAAUAAGAGUGUUAAUAGUCUGCCAAGUAUAAAUAAUUUAUCCAAAAAUGUAGAGUCUCCUUGUGACCCAUUACAUUGUCCCAUUUGUUUGGAUAACUUAUCUCAAGAAACAGUGGCAUCAACUAAUUGCGGCCAUCUUUUUUGCAUUCUUUGUAUAACAAAAGCAUUAAAAUCAAAACCCAAAAGGUGUCCUACAUGUAGAAAGAAACUAACUGGUGCUGGAUACCAUCAUAUUUUUAUGUAAUGAUUUAACAUGAAAAUGAUGAAAAGUUGUUAAACAGGAAAUGUUUGACAUUUUCAGCUUGGUUAAAGCAAAAUCUGCUGUUUUGGUUGAUUAUUACUAAACCCUUUUUUAGUGUUUAAAUUAGAUUAAUUGUUGGUAUAAAAUAAUGCAAUGUUUAAAAUAACCCAUAUGUUGCAGCAGGCAUGGGUCUCAAAUGAAUAAUCUAGGUACUUAUAUAUGAAGAAUCCUUUGCCUAGCUGCAGAAUUUUUUUUUUCAUUUCACUAUUGAUUAUAUUUUUGAAGUGUCUACCAGUAAGACUGUGAUAAAUUAAUGUACCUUUUGAUAUAUAGUAAGAGAUUUAAUAACACAUAAUAUUGAUGCUUAUAAAAUUCAAUUUAUCAAUUUCAAUUUAGUUUGUGUUAAACUAAAUUAUA